AUGGGUGCGGGAGCAAGCGCCGAGGACAAAAAGUCUAAGGAGUUGGAAAAGCAACUCCAAGAAGAUGCUGAUAAGGACUCUAAAACAGUCAAGCUAUUACUGCUUGGCGCUGGUGAGUCAGGGAAAAGCACCAUUGUAAAACAAAUGAAGAUUCUCCAUCAAGGUGGUUACACAAAAGAGGAACAGAUGGAGUUUAGGGCGAUCAUCUACGGUAACAUCCUCCAGUCUGCUCUGGCCAUUAUCAGAGGCAUGGAGAUGCUGGGCGUUGAUUUUGGCUCGCCCUCUGCACAGGAAGAUGCACAGAAGCUGCAGAACUUGUCAGACUCCAUCGAAGAAGGCACAAUGCCCCCUGAGCUGGCUGAUGUCAUUAAGAAACUGUGGAAAGACUCUGGUGUGCAGGCCGGCUUUGAGAGAGCUGCUGAGUACCAACUGAACGACUCUGCUGGCUACUACCUCAACGAAAUGGACAGAAUCUGCAAGCCAGACUACAUGCCCACCGAGCAGGAUGUGCUGCGAUCUCGAGUCAAAACAACUGGUAUCAUUGAAGAACAGUUCUCCUGCAAGGAGUUGCACUUCAGGAUGUUUGAUGUGGGUGGCCAGAGGUCAGAGAGGAAGAAGUGGAUCCAUUGUUUCGAGGGUGUGACCUGUAUCAUCUUCUGCGGAGCUCUCAGUGCAUACGACAUGGUGCUGGUAGAGGACGAUGAAGUGAACCGCAUGCACGAGUCUCUCCAUCUAUUCAACAGUAUCUGCAACCACAGAUUCUUCGCACUGACCUCCAUCGUACUUUUCCUCAACAAGAAGGAUCUGUUUGAGGAGAAGAUCAAGAAAGUCCACCUGAGCAUCUGCUUCCCAGACUAUGAUGGUCCAAACACGUACGACGAUGCCAGCAACUACAUCAAGACGCAGUUCUUGGAUCUGAACAUGAAGAAGGGCGUGAAAGAAAUCUACUCCCACUUGACCUGUGCCACAGACACAAAGAACGUCGAGAUUGUGUUCAACGCUGUGACAGACAUCAUCAUCAAAGAAAACCUUAAAGAUUGCGGUCUUUUCUAA